UGUACACUCUUUCAGACUGCAUGAGGGUGUGUAUUGUGAAAUAGAGAGCAAAAGAGAGCUCAGGGGAAGAAAAGACUUCUGAAAAGGAAGUUGACGAAUAGAAGCAGAAAACGUUUGCACCUUUUAAGUGCAAACAGAGUAGAGGAAGGGGAAAUAGGUGCACUGUCAGAGGGAGAGAGUGAGUGAGCAUUAACGAGGGCAGUCUGGAAUCUGGCCACGUAUAUGUGUGUUCUGGCAGUGUGUGGAGGAGGACUUGAAGGAUAUUUCUAACUGUUCGUGAGGGGCCGUGUGGAGGACCAUGGAAACCUCGGGGCCCGGGGAUGUCCCAGUGAGAGCCAAAGAAAAGAAGAAGAUCCAGUUUGCUGCGCCCUCCACAGCACCCACCCAGCUGGACCCACGGCAGGUAGAGAUGAUACGCAGACGAAGGCCCACACCGGCAACAUUAUUCAGAGUAGCUGAUCAAUCAUCCCCAGAGGAUGACAACUCUACCCAUCAGUGGGUUGUUGGUGAGAAUGGUGUCCUGAAACCAAAGAGAGUCAACCCAAAUGUCUACCAGCCUCCUUCACUAAAAGCUGUUCAGCAGAUGGCUGAGGCUCAGAUGCAGAAGUUGGGUGUGUAUGCUCACAUGGAAGAGGAAGGGGAGGAGUCAUUAGAGACACUGGAGGAGGAGCAGUUAUUAAACUGCCCUACUGGUAAACAUCACCACACAUACAGGCUAAUGUCAUUACCAUGCACACACAGACCACACAGGCCAAUGUCAUUACCACGCACACACAGGCCACACAGAAUAAUGUCAUUACCACACACACACAGGUUAGAUUUCCCCUUCUUCCGCUUUGAUAACUUUAACAGGAAACUAAGCCUUAGACUCCUCCUCAGCAUGUGA